CCCUCCUUCGUUGACUCAUAAACUCUUUCCGCGGCUCCUCUGUUCGCAGUCAGCAGCAUGGCGUUUGCAGGGAAAUACCAGCUUGAGACUCAGACAAACUAUGACGAGUUUUUGGAAGCAAUUGGGCUUCAGACGGCUAAGACAGAACACAAAGUGGUGACUGAGGUGGUUCAGGAUGGCGACAACUUCGCCUGGACACAAAGCAUCCCUGGCUGGAGCUGGACCACCAGUUUCACAUUGAAUAAGGAGUGUGAGAUGGAGUCGAUGAAAGGUGAAAAAUUUAAGGGCACUGCAAAAAUUAAUGAUGGGAAGUUGUCUCUGCAGUUUCCAGAAUAUUUCUUCACCGCAGAGAUUGUUAAUGAUAAACUAGAAAUGACUUGUGUAACUCCUGGAGAAAACAGUGUGACUUUUAAGAGAGUGAGUGGGAGGAUCUAGCUAUGCGGGAUCCAACAUGUCUCCUUGGGAAGACGAAUGACAGACAACGGUUGCUCCAGCUUCUCAAAGCAAGAGAAAUAAAGUUACGACAUUAAACCAAGCCACAAGCAGACGGUCAGCGUCACUCAAAUGAGUCGGUCAUGAGUUUUGAGGUUUGAAUUUGCAGAACUGAUGAAAUUACAGAGUGUACCAUGUGAAUUUCUCAGCUUUAACAGGACAUGUAUAGAAACUAAGGAAUAUCUCUAACAUGUUAAUUACUGAUUUUUCCCAAAUUAAUCCUGACUUCUAACAUCAUUUUAAUGUUUUAGCAUGAUGCUAAUAUUUCUAUUGUACACCUACCUAUACAUGCCUGACAAACUGCAAAGAGAGUUCUUCCGGAGAAAAACACUCUUUCCAUUUGUCAGAAGGAUGUAGCAGAAUCGGAUCACAGCACCAAUUAAACAUCCAAUAAUUGAACAGUUUGACACUGAGAUUUGAAAUACUAUUGUCCAAAGUUUCUAUUGAUUGUGAUGUGUUACUUCAUUAAAAAUAAAGGAAAUUAAAGAAUUA